AUAGAAGUGAAAGCAUCCUGAAAUGGCGAACCGCACGGUGAAGGAUGCGCAUAGCAUCCACGACACCAACCCUCAGUAUCUGGUGGAGAAGAUCAUUCGAACCCGAAUUUAUGAGUCCAAAUACUGCAAAGAAGAGUGCUUUGGGCUUACAGCUGAACUUGUAGUAGAUAAAGCCAUGGAGUUCAGGUUUGUGGGUGGCGUCUAUGGUGGCAACAUAAAGCCAACUCCCUUUCUAUGUUUGACCUUGAAGAUGCUUCAGAUUCAACCAGAGAAGGACAUCAUUGUAGAGUUUAUCAAAAAUGAAGACUUCGAGUAUGUCCGCAUGUUGGGAGCACUUUACCUGAGGCUGACAGGCGCUGCAAUGGAUUGCUACAAGUACUUGGAGCCUCUGUAUAACGACUACAGAAAAAUCAAGAGCCAGAACCGUAAUGGAGAAUUUGAACUGAAGCGUGUAGACGAGUUUAUUGAUGAACUGCUGCACAGUGAGAGAGUCUGUGAUAUCAUUCUCCCACGGCUGCAGACACGCUAUGUGCUAGAGGAAGCCGAGCAACUGGAGCCACGGGUUAGUGCUCUAGAAGAGGACAUGGAUGGCGUGGAGUCCGGUGAAGAAGAGGAGGAGGAAAAGCUGGAGCGAGUACCAUCACCUGAUCACCGCCGCCGAAGCUACCGAGACUUAGACAAACCCCGGCGCUCUCCCACACUGCGCUAUAGGAGGAGUAGGAGCCGGUCUCCAAGAAGGCAGAGUCGGUCUCCCAAGAGGAGGAGCCCCUCCCCUCGCCGAGAAAGGCAUCGGAGCAAAAGUCCAAGACGACAUCGACAUCGCAGUAGGUCCCGUGAUAGACGGCACAGAUCCGGUUCCAAAUCACCAGGUCAUCAUCGUAGUCACAGACAUAGGAGCCACUCAAAGUCUCCUGAAAGAUCUAAGAAAAGCCACAAGAAGAGCCGGAGAGGGAAUGAAUAAUGGACUCCGGUUUUAGUCCAAAUGGCUUAUGGAUGAAGGCAUCUGUGUGGAAGGAUUAAGAACUUCCUAGGCAGCUAUGAGAAUUUUUUUAGCCAAUAUUCUCUUUUUUAAAUGAAAGAGGUGCUGAGACUUGUAUCUCUUCUUGAAUCAUGACCUAUGUUUGAGGAAUAGUGUUACCCAAUUGUUGCUUCUGACCCUUUAGUACAACAACUCUUGGUUUAUUCAAACUUGUAAGGGAAGAAAGGAUUUGGGAUGUGGAAGGUAUGAGUGACCAGCAAAGGUUUUGGCCACCUGAUCACUUUUUUUUUUUUUAAAUUAAAUUUGACAUAUCCAUCUUGCAUUUUUCUAUACUUUAGGUUUUGGGUUGCCCCAUGUUAUGAAGAUGCUGAGAUUUAUGCUGCUGCUACUGCAUUCAGAGCUCAAAUCAGUAAAACACAUUGGCUUCUACUCUUCCCCCACCCCAACAUCAGCGAAGUGAUAAUAAACUUGAAAAAUAACUGACAGUAAAAAAAAAAAAUAAUAAAUACUAAUAGCAGCAACCAUAAUGUACCUAUAUAUGAGUUUAGAUGUUGAUACUCAUUUCUUGUAACUCUUUCCAGAACUUCUUAGAUAUAUCCAUAUACCAUUUUACCUUGUGAAGACAGAAUACAUUCUCUCCUGCUCUUGUUUUUGUUUUCUUAAACUAUCUUAGGACCCCUUCUUGAUCAGUAUAUACAGCUGCCUCUCACUUGCUUCUACCACUGCAUCAUCCUCCACUGAUGGAAAUGUUUA